AUGGAAGACGGAUAUGAAGUAAUGGGACCAGGAGGAAAUGCGAAUAAACCGCUUAUUCCACCACCGCCAUGUCCAGCAGUAAAAACGAAAAAAGAUGUGAAUAAGGAGAAGGACAAAACACAAGAAUCAUCAGCGAUGACAGUUUCAACGAAAAAGGAUAAGAAAGGCAAGAAAGGGAAUAAGAAUAAGAAGAAUAAUCAAGAAAGUGCUGAAACUGGAGGCGGGGGAACUGCGAUUAAUCAACGUCCCUCGUCGGUAGAUACUGUUUUAUUGGCGUGUGUUUGUGUGGUUUUUAUUAUCACAAUUUGCGGCGUCGAUUCCGAUUUUAUUGACGGCUUUUGGAUCGGCUGA